AAAAGAAAAAGAAAAAACUCUCUCUAAAAAUCUUCUUCCUCCUUCGUGUCGCCCGCAAUCCUGUCUCUAUUCAUCUAAUCAGAUGUACGGAUACAUAAACGUAUCUCACACUGGUUGGUCGAUUUGUCUUCUUUUCAAUCCUUUCUGCUGUGAGAGAUUGGUUGUUUAGUUGACAGCGAUAUGAUCCAUGGGCGGCGAUGAUUCUUGUAAAUGAGCGUAAAUGAGAUAUGGGAUUGGAGUCCGUUGGUGAAUUUUUUUUUCAUCGCCAUCAUCUUCCAUAGCAAAAUCCGAAUCUCGAUCCCACCAAUCAAUUGGGAUUUUGGGUUUCUUGGAGUGUUGUUGUUCAUGCUGAUAUUAAAUUGUGGUCGUUGUUAGUGGUGGUGGAGGGGUUAGUGUCAUGGACGAUGCGAGCCCUAGCAACAGAAAAGUAGGCGAAGCUAGAAGAACGACGGAAGUGGGAGCUGAGUCGUCGCGGUGGCUCCCCAAGGAGGUGGCUUUUGCACCGUAUUUGCGGCAGGAGAUUGAGUCUUCGAACGACAAGGCUCAAAAUUUGCGCGUAGUUGUUCGAAAACCUCUUUUAGCAAGGCUAACGAAGGACAUUGUUGCAACUUACCAAACAUGCAAUCCACAGUUCAAGUAUUCAGAAGAGUUGAAUCCAAAAAGAUAUUUAACCAGUCCUUCAAUCAGUGUCUACAAUGAUGGCUUUGAUAAUGUGAACUCAGAUCUUAUUCUGGCUGUGAACUUUGCGUUGGUCAAUUCAGAUAGGCAGAGAAGGUAUGUAGUCAAAGAUGUUCUUGGUCAUGGGACUUUUGGGCAGGUUGCUAAAUGCUGGGUUGCAGAAACAAGCAGCUUUUUUGCGGUGAAGAUAAUAAAAAACCAGCCUGCAUAUUAUCAACAGGCACUGGUUGAAGUGUCUAUUUUGACUACGUUGAACAAAAAGUAUGAUCCUGAGGAUAAGCAUCACAUUGUUCGUAUUUAUGAUUACUUUGUAUUUCAACGUCACUUGUGCAUAUGCUUUGAGCUGCUUGACACAAAUCUGUAUGAGCUUAUCAAGAUAAAUCAUUUUAGGGGAUUAUCAUUGAGCAUCGUCCAGUUGUUCUCCAAACAGAUUUUACUUGGGUUGGCUCUACUAAAGAAUGCUGGGAUAAUCCAUUGUGAUUUGAAGCCAGAAAACAUUCUUUUGUGCACAAGUGUGAAACCAGCAGAAAUUAAGAUAAUUGACUUUGGAUCAGCAUGCAUUGAAGAUCGUACUGUUUACUCAUAUAUUCAGAGUCGAUACUAUAGAUCUCCUGAAGUUCUUCUUGGGUAUCACUACACUACAGCCAUUGACAUGUGGUCCUUUGGAUGCAUAGUCGCUGAAUUGUUUCUUGGGUUGCCUCUCUUCCCUGGAGCCUCAGAAUUUGAUCUUCUGAGAAGGAUGAUUGAAAUACUUGGAGGACAACCCCCUGAUUAUGUACUAAAGGAAGCAAAAAACACAAGUAAGUUCUUCAAAUGCAUCGGGACUGUUCACAAUCUAGAGAAUGGUGAAAUUUCCAGGGAGAGCAGAAGUGCUUACCAAGCAUUAACAGUGGAAGAAUAUGAAGCAAGAGAGUUAAAAAGACCAGUGAUUGGAAAAGAGUAUUUCAAUCAUAUGAACCUUGAAGCGAUUGUCACAAAUUAUCCUUGCAGAAAAAACUUACCUGAAGAAGAUGUCAUUAGAGAAAGUCAAAUAAGAUUGGCCUUGAUUGAUUUCUUAAGGGGACUUGUUGAGUUUGAUCCUGCCAAACGUUGGUCACCUUUUCAAGCUUCAAAACAUCCUUUUGUGACAGGGGAACCCUUCACAUGCCCUUACAAGCCUCCCCCAGAGACACCUCACAUGCCUGUAGCUCAAAAUCUCAAGGUGGAUCAUCACCCUGGUGGAGGGCAUUGGUUUGCCGCAGGUCUCUCCCCCAAUAAAAAGAAGAGGAAACUCAUAGUAGUACCCUUACUUAUUAUGCAGCUUCUGGGCAGGAGUAGAGUUGCCUUGCAUAACAGUCCACAUAUUCAGAUGGGGCCUUAUGCACAUGCUAACAGUUAUGGUAGUAUAGGAAGCCAUGGUAGCUAUAAUGAUGGUAUUGGGUUAGGAAGCAGCUAUGGAAGUUAUGGGGAUGGUAGCAAUAUGUUUGCAUAUUAUUCACCUGUUGGUCCAUCUGGAAUGAACAUGUGCGCACAGAGUAGCAUGUCCAUGCUUGGAAGUAGUCCUGAUGCAAGACACGGGAUUAUUUCAUACUCUCAUGGAAAUGGACUAGGUGUUAACCCAUCGGCAGGAAGCUUUGCUCGACUACCCCUUGGCACGAGUCCUUCACAGUUCACUCCACCAAGCUCUUACGUUCAAGUUUCAGCUGGCUCUCCUGGACAUUAUGGACCAACCUCUCCUGCAAGAAGCAGUUGUCAUGGGUCACCUUUAGGUAAAAUGGCUGCAGUCAGCAAUUUUAAUAGAAGAAAAAGUUGGGGAUAUUCUGGUUGUUCUCAAACUAAGGAUAGUUCAUCGUCAAAUUGGCAAGGACAAAUUACCGAGCCUGCAAGCUCUAGCCAAGCUGAUGGGAAUCCUCAAGUACUUGGCGGUUCACCCUCACAUCUGCAGUCGAGUUCUGGAUCUGCGAGCUUGAAGCUACAGCAAGGUGGCGAAGUUAGUGCGGGUUCCAUUCAAAAUAUGCCAGGUUCCUUUAGACUCGGUUCCAGUAUGCAACUUUCUCAAAGCACAGGGGAAAAUCAUGACAAGCCUGAUGUUUCUCAGUCAUUGCCGGAUCCUGGAGAUUGGGAUCCGUACUAUAGCGAAGAACAACUUCUUCAAAAUGAUGGCUCAGAUGUGAGCUUAAGCUCUGAGUUCAGCAAAGGCAUGCACCUUGGUUCUUCUGAUCCACUUACUGGAUUUGAAAGAUUCAGCAGGGCCUCAAAUAUGAACGCUUACAGACAAAAUGGACCUAUUCAAACAUUUUCACAUGUUGAGGUGGGUCGUUCAAUGGACCUAUCCACUCACAAUCACGAUACUGGAUAUGGUCAUUCAAUGUCUAAACAUACUCAGUUCAUGCCUCAUAUCUCACAAAAUUCUCCAAGCCGUUUUGGACAACAGCCGGUUCAGCGGUUUAACCAAGGGAGACACUCCGCUGUACGGGGUACCGAAUGGAAUCAUAUGAAGGUCCAGCUCCCUCCAUCUAGCUUCCACUCUGGGGGCCAGCACUCUCCUGGAAGUAAUUCAUUUAACAAUGGCAUUUCAUGGGGGCAUAGAGCUAAUCAUCCAGCCACAAGUAUUCCACCUGCAUCUCGAGGAAGAAAGGACUAUGGCCGGAUUUCAUAGUGCUGAAAGCAGCUUAAUUUUUUUUUUACGGGGAGGGAUUGUGUACUGAGUGUUCACAAGAAAGUUGGACUUCAACAGUUAACAUGCCUAGUUGGCUUCACGCUAAGAGCUUAUAAUCUGUCAGGGCAUGUCAAUUCAUUGUGCUUGCUUCAAUAUAGUUUAUGGUUUUGAUUUUUUUUUUCUUUUUUAUUGCCUCUCUUGGUACACAGUCGAUUAUUUUUGCUAUGAGCAGCUAAUAUGGCCUUCUAUUCAA